AUGAGUAUGGACGUGCAAAAUUACCGACGAUAUGGCUUGGUCAUUAAAAAGAUAUUGAAGCUCAAAAACAGCAUUUGUUCGAUAUUUGACAUCCGAAUUGGUGAUGGGCGUGGCACUCUGUUUUGGCACGACCCAUGGUUCGAAAACAAACCAUUGAUUAGUAGAGACGAAUUCCGAGGCCUAAAGAUCCGGAGGGAUUGUGCGGCUGCCACGGUUCAUAACAUUCAUAACGGACUUUGGGUUUCGGUUAUUACUAGAGUCUUGGAAGGCAAAAGAGCUAUUGGUCAUUUGAACGGUCUCAACAUUUGUAAUAUGGCUGAUGUGUACUUGUGGAAAGCGGAAGAAAAUGGGAAAAUUAAGUCAAGUGCAAUUUGGAAUGUUAUUAGGGAAAGAGGUCAAAUUGUAAGUUGGGCUUCACUUGUGUGGUCCUUGAAAAUCAUUCCGAGACACCGAUUUAUUCUUUGGUUGGCUUUUCGUGGUAGACUUAGUACCCGUGAUCGUAUUCUUGCUUAUAUGGAUAUUCCGGACGCCAAUUGUGUUCUUUCUAGUGGGUUUGCGGAGUCCAUUGAUCAUCUUUUGGGUGGCUGUUUUUUUGCGCUAGGUCUAUUUGGAAUCUUUUUACUUUAUUCAUGGGAAUUGUGA